AAUAUUACCAGCCUUUGAGACACUCAACUGUAGCCUCAGUCCAGGGACUGCUAGGUAUGGCAUUGAAAAAGAAAAUGUGGUGAAGUCAGAAACACCUUUCAUUAUAGGAAAAGGCUAUAAUAUGCCAUCAGCAUUAAAAGCAGGAUCAAAACCACAGGCUGCCUCACAGCCUAGGAUCCGGAGAGGCCCGGUGCAAGCCCAGUGUGCCCGCUCUCUGGAACAGCGGUACCAGGAUGCACUUUCUCUCUUGGAUCAAGAACCACCGAUUAUUGGCUAUGGAUGUCGACUAGAAGUCUUUGAAAAAAUUGUUCCACGAAAGGGGAAUUCUGUUUGUCUACAAAGAAUCGCGCUGAGAAUAUUGACAUUUGGAAGAAAGCCGUUCCUCUCUUGCACUCACGGAGAUGUGGAUCUCUUGAGCCUGUCGGCGGCCUGCGAUGCCUUGGACCAGCACAACCUCAAGCAAAAUGACCAGCCCAUGGACAUUCUGCAGGUCAUUAAUUGUCUGACCACUAUUUAUGAUCGCCUGGAGCAAGAACACAACAAUCUGGUCAACGUCCCUCUCUGUGUGGAUAUGUGUCUCAAUUGGCUGCUGAAUGUUUAUGACACGGGACGAACAGGGAGGAUCCGGGUCCUGUCUUUUAAAACUGGCAUCAUUUCUCUGUGCAAAGCCCAUUUGGAAGACAAGUACAGAUACCUUUUCAAGCAAGUGGCAAGUUCAACAGGAUUUUGUGACCAGCGCAGGCUGGGCCUCCUCCUGCAUGACUCCAUCCAAAUCCCAAGACAGUUGGGUGAAGUCGCAUCCUUCGGGGGCAGUAACAUUGAGCCGAGUGUCAGGAGCUGCUUCCAGUUUGUGAGUUAUUCACCUUCUUAA